CCAAGAAGUCUCUACACAACUUACAGUAGAAAUGGGUUCUUUGCAUGUCUCCUCGAGUGCCACUCAACAUAGCAAGCUUGAGAGGGCUUACCAACUCCUGGUUUUCCAUGUGCACCCGUUCUGGCUCCAGCUCUUGUACUUUGUAUCCAUCUCCUUCUUCGGUUUGGUGAUCCUCAAAGCCCUCCCCAUGAAGACCAGCACGGUCCCGAGGCCCAUGGAUUUGGACCUGAUCUUCACGUCGGUCUCGGCGACCACGGUGUCGAGCAUGGUGGCCGUGGAGAUGGAGUCCUUCUCCAACCCCCAGCUCCUACUCCUGACCCUCCUCAUGCUCCUCGGCGGCGAGGUGUUCACGAGCAUGCUUGGCCUGCACUUCACCUACGUCAAGUCCAAGAAGAAAGAAGCACAAGCACCCCACGACCAUGACGAUGGUGACAAAGGCAAACCAGCACCAUCAUCUAGCCUAGAGCUCGCUGUUACCACCGGCAUGGAUGACGUCGAUCGUGUGGAGCAAGGGUUUAAGGACCAGCCCCGUUACGAUCGCGCCUUCCUCACCAGGUUGCUUCUGUUCAUAGUGCUGGGCUAUCACGUGGUGGUGCACCUCGCCGGCUACUCCUUGAUGCUGGUCUACCUGAGCGUGGUCUCCGGCGCGAGGGCUGUGCUCACCGGCAAGGGGAUCAGCCUGCACACCUUCUCCGUCUUCACCGUCGUCUCGACGUUCGCCAACUGCGGCUUCGUCCCGAACAACGAAGGGAUGAUCGCCUUCCGGUCCUUCCCGGGCCUCCUGCUCCUAGUCAUGCCGCACGUCCUCCUCGGCAACACACUCUUCCCCGUCUUCCUCAGGCUGGCCAUCUGGGCUCUCCGGAGAGUCACCAGGAGGCCCGAGCUCGGUGAGCUGAGGAGCAUCGGCUACGACCACCUGCUGACGAGCCGGCACACGUGGUUCUUGGCUUUCACCGUGGCGGCGUUCGUGCUAGCGCAGCUGUCGCUCUUCUGCGCCAUGGAGUGGGGCUCCAACGGGCUGCGCGGGCUCACCGCCGUGCAGAAGCUCGUUGCGGGACUGUUCAUGUCGGUCAACUCCAGGCACACCGGUGAGAUGGUGGUGGACCUUUCCACCGUGUCGUCGGCCCUCGUGGUGCUCUAUGUGGUCAUGAUGUACCUACCACCUUACACUACAUUUCUACCAGUGGAAGACGACAGUGACCAACAAGUGGGAGCAGAUCAGCGCGACCAGAAAAGGAUAACAAGCAUGUGGCGGAAGCUGCUCAUGUCGCCGCUCUCGUGCUUGGCCAUCUUCAUCGCCGUGGUGUGCAUCACGGAGCGGCGGCAGAUCUCCGAUGACCCCCUCAACUUCAACGUCCUCAACAUCACCGUCGAGGUUAUCAGUGCGUACGGAAACGUGGGGUUCAGCACCGGGUACAGCUGUGGCCGGCAGGUGACGCCCGACGGCGGCUGCAGGGACACGUGGGUUGGCUUCUCUGGGAAGUGGAGUUGGCAAGGGAAGCUGGCUCUCAUUGCUGUCAUGUUCUACGGCAGGCUCAAGAAGUUCAGCAUGCAUGGUGGCGAGGCAUGGAGGAUAGUAUAACCUAGUAGCAGACUGCAUAUUUCUCAAUGAUCUCUCUUCAGACAGAGACUAGCUACAUCUCGCUCUAGCCUAAAACCAUCUGAACAUAUUUCCAUUAUGCCGAGUACCUCAAUCACUGCAUGCAUAUCAAUAUAAUGAAACAAAAGUCAUCCAAA